GUAUGGAAGGUACCGAACACAAGUCGUGGGGUGGUGGGGAAACUCCAGGUCUUGGCUGAGCUCAAAGCCGAGGCACUGCACAUGAACGCAAUCAAGUCGCUUCAAUGCAUGACAUGUUCCCUGCACCUGCACCGAGACCCUGCAACAUUCGAUUCUUUCCCCCUUUCUGCAUUUCAACAAUCGCCGCGGGAAGAAGACAAACCCAAAAACCCGCGCGUGUCCGUCUACAGCAGAGCUCGUAAUUCGCCGAAUCACGCGAUUUGACGCGUGUCUGACUGCUAACCUCGCUGGGCAUUUAUGCAAGCCACCACGAGUCAACCUGCCCGGGGGGGUAAUCAGACUCUCCACCAUCCUUCCUUCGCCUUGGAAGGAGUUGUACUCGUCAUCCAAAGCGAUUGAACAUCGCACCUCGCGGCUUCUCGUACUCUCACAUCGGUAACCAUACGCACGCACAAGGCAAGAUGGCUUCGAGGGCCGGGCCGCCGAGUUCGAAAAGCCCAGGUCCUAGUGGCGCUCCAUCAGCGAGGACGGCACGAUCCACCACAGAUCCCAUCCUCCGCAACGCCCUGCGCUACACCAUAUCAGCCCGCGAGUAUGCGACUCUUCACAAGUACGUGAUCUCGCGAUCGCGAGCGCUCAAAAGGCGCGCCCCGACGGUGGACACGGUGCAGAGGACCAUGGAGGGCACUCGAGGGCGCACGCAGUCGUUGAGUAAGGAUAGGAAGAGCACGGGAAAGGGAAAGGAUGACGAAGAUGGGUCGACGGUCCCCGUCCGCGGUGCGGACGACUACAAUGCGCGCGCGGUCAGGCACUCGAUCCGUGUCUUCGUCGCGACGGGCGCGCUGAUGAAGUUGUGGGGAGUCGUAUCGGCGAGAGUGAUGGGGAAGAAGAAAGAGACCGCGUCGGCAAGCAGCAAGAAGCAGCCGCUGCACAAGUCGCCAACGCUGCGGCUCUCGCUCUCCCUCAGCACGAUCCUGCUGAUGUAUCGCAUCCUAUUCCGCUUCUUCAACCGCCUGCGCGCCCACCUCCUCGACCCAUCAGCCGCGCCUUUCCGGUUGCGCAAUCCCAAGAUCGCCGGCACUCUGACAUCUCCUUACGCACCGGCCGUGGGCGCAUCCCUGGCGGGGUUGGCGCUGGGCGUGUACCCCAACCGGCAGUUGCGGGUGACGGUUGCCUUGUACAUGAUGUUCCGGGCGCUCGAGUUUGGGUGGAACUGCGCCGAGGACAACGGCAUGGUGUGGGGGCGGGAGAGGGGUGUCAACGGCAAGCCGGACCGGAACAGGCCGCGGCCGUCAUGGUGGGGAAGCUGGAUGCUCCAGCCGUUUGCGUUCGGGCAGUUGCUGCAUGCGCUGGUGUUUGAUCGAGACUGCUUUCCUUCGUUUUGGAGCAAUGCUAUCCUCAAGAACUCCACGGCAUACCUCCACCCUAGGCCGGAGGAUUACCCAUCCGGUCUCAAGUGGCCUAACGCUGGCGAAAUCGUCGAUAGUCUCGCCCAGAUGGCGCGGCUGAACUGGCCAGCUUUCAUUUCCCCAACUCUCUUCCCUCUCAAGGAGGACAUUCUCCCGUUCUCGCUGGAGACAAUCUCUCCCAUCACAUCCGGCGCGCACCCCUUGAUCACCUCUCUCUCCUGCGCGACGCUCCACCCAUCAGACCCCUCGUGCAGCCGAACGUUUCUCACCUUUUGGCUGCGCUCCUUUCCCUCCCUGACUCGGCUGCUCUUGGUCGUCUACUCGGCCCUGUUACUCCCGCGCCUGUCGGCGCUGUACCACUUCCCUCUGUCGACGUUGCACCAGCUGGUCUCGAGCGCGCUGCGUAUGGCCGGGUUCCUGACGGGCGCGCUGGCCACUGCCUGGUCAUCGAUAUGCUUCUUCCAGGCGUGGCUGCCGCGCACGUUCCUGCCGACGCAGCGCUUCUUUGUCGGCGGCUUCGUGGCCGGGUUCUGGGCACUGCUGCAGCACGGGCGGAGGGGCAGCCGCGGGCUGUUCCUCGCGAGCGCAAAGGCGAGCGUCGAGAGCCUGUGGAAAGUCGGGGUCAAGAGGCGGUGGUGGAGGGCCAUGAAGGGCGGGGACGUUUGGGUGUUCGUGGCGGCGCUGAUGUUGACGGGCGUCGUGUACGAGAGAGACGCCAGGGCGGUCAAGGAGGCGCCCUGGCGCAAGGGGAUCAGCUGGGUCCGCGGCGAGGGGUGGAAGGACUGGGGGAUGGAGGAGGACGACGAGGACGAGGACCGGGAGGAGGCCGAGGCAUUGGUAAAGGAGGAUUAAAUGAGUCGGGGAGUGGGGCGUUGUUAAAGGCUCCAAGGAGCGCGUAGUGAUGGGUAAUGACCGCAGGGCUUGUGUGCGAGGAGGAACGCCAUAAUGAAACAUCAUGAUUAGCAUUACGGAGUAAUUCCUCCUUCACGAAUUAGAAAAGUCUUACAGAUGGUCGGUUUGGGCCUCUACGCAGGUUCAUUCAAUAUGAGGGGGUACAUCAUCGGAUCAAGCGUGAACUUCCACACUUCGAGGUGCACUAUGUGAAACAACACAA